CUUCCUUCCCUCUUUCUCGCCCUCCUUUUCCUCUCCCCACUCUCCAAAAUCAUGGCAGGCGGGACCGGGGACGUUCGGAAGCUCUUCAUCUUCACUACUACCCAGAAUUACUUCGGACUGAUGUCGGAACCAUGGGACCAGCCACUGCUGUACAACUGUCUUGAAAUCAACAACUUCUUGGAUGACGGGAACCAGAUGCUUCUCAGGGUGCAGCGAUCCGACCCCGGAGUCUCCUUUUCCAACACGAUUGAUUUUGGUGACACAAAAGAUAAAGUACUGGUGUUUUUCAAGCUUCGACCUGAAGUAAUUACCGAUGAGAAUCUACAUAAUAACAUUCUUGUUUCAUCUAUGUUAGAGUCUCCUAUUAAUUCCCUUUACCAAGCAGUACGGCAAGUAUUUGCACCAAUGUUGUUAAAGGAUCAGGAAUGGAGCAGAAACUUUGAUCCCAAACUUCAGAGUCUUUUGAGUGAACUAGAAGCUGGGUUGGGUAUAGUUCUACGAAGAUCAGACAAUACUUUAUCAAAAUUAAAAUUUAAGGAAGAUGACACAAGAGGUAUUCUUACACCAAGUGAUGAGUUCCAGUUUUGGAUAGAACAAGCUCAUCGUGGAAAUAAACAGAGUAGUAAAGAAAGAGCCAGUUAUUUUAAAGAAUUAUUUGAAACAAUUGCAAGAGAGUUUUAUAACUUGGACAGUCUGUCCUUACUGGAAGUUGUUGACUUAGUGGAGACUGCUCGGGAUGUGAUAGAUGAUGUGUGGAGACAAACAGAACAUGAUCAUUAUCCUGAGUCACGAAUGUUACAUCUCUUAGACAUCAUAGGUGGUUCAUUUGGAAGGUUUGUUCAGAAAAAGUUGGGAGCUUUGAACCUAUGGGAAGAUCCUUAUUAUCUUGUAAAAGAAAAUCUGAAAGCUGGUAUUUCAAUUUGUGAACAGUGGGUGAUAGUCUGUAAUCAUCUAACAGCUCAGGUGUGGCCCCGCUAUGUUCCUCAUCCAUGGAAAAAUGAAAAAUAUUUCCCAGAAACACUUGACAAACUUGGCAAACGCCUUGAAGAGGUUUUGGCUGUUAGAACAAUUCAUGAGAAACUUCUCCAGUUUCUACCUGCCGGUGAAGAGGAAAUUACAUGCCUGGCUCGAGUAUUUGAACCUUUUACUGGCCUGAAUCCUGUGCAAUAUAAUCCAUAUACUGAGCCUUUGUGGAAAGCUGCAGUGUCUCAAUAUGAAAAAAUUAUUGCACCUGCUGAACGAAAAAUAGCAGGAAAAUUAAAAAAUUAUAUUUCAGAAAUUCAAGACAGUCCACAACAGCUUCUUCAAGCAUUUCUGAAAUAUAAAGAUUUGGUGAAGCGUCCAACUAUAAGCAAAGAAUUGAUGUUAGAAAGAGAAACUUUACUAGCAAGACUUGAGGACUCAGUUAAAGAUUUUCGAUUAGACUUUGAGAAUCGGUGCCGAGGAAUUCCUGGUGAUGCAUCAGGACCACUUUCUGGCAAAAAUCUUUCAGAAGUUGUCAAUAAUGUAGUUUGGGUUCGCCAGUUGGAAUUGAAGGUAGAUGAUACUAUCAAGAUUGCAGAAGCUCUUUUAUCUGACUUGUCAGGAUUUCGAUCCUUUCAUCGAAGUGCUGCAGAUCUCUUAGACCAGUUUAAACUAUAUGAACAGGAGCAAUUUGAUGAUUGGUCCAGGGAUAUUCAGUCAGGUUUGUCUGAUUCCAGAUCCGGUUUAUGUAUUCAGGCUAACAGUCGAAUUAUGGAAUUGGAUCCUAAUGAUGGAUCGUUAAAAGUGCAUUAUUCAGAUCGUUUGGUGAUUCUUCUGAGAGAAGUUCGUCAGCUUUCUGCACUUGGCUUUGUUAUUCCUGCCAAAAUACAGCAAGUUGCGAACAUUGCACAGAAAUUCUGCAAGCAAGCAAUUAUUCUUAAACAAGUGGCACAUUUUUAUAAUUCUAUUGAUCAACAAAUGAUUCAAAGUCAGAGGCCAAUGAUGUUACAAUCUGCCUUAGCAUUUGAACAAAUAAUUAAGAAUACAAAAGCAGGAAGUGGAGGAAAGUCACAAAUUACUUGGGAUAAUCCUAAAGAAUUAGAAAGCUACAUCCAAAAACUCCAAAAGGCUGCUGAACGACUUGCCACUGAAAACAGAAAACUGAGAAAAUGGCACACUACAUUUUGUGAAAAGGUGGUUGUUCUUAUGAAUAUUGAUCUGCUUCGGCAGCAACAGCGUUGGAAAGAUGGAUUACAAGAAUUGAGAACUGGUUUAGCAAGUGUAGAAGCACAGGGAUUCCAAGCAAGUGACAUGCAUGCGUGGAAACAGCACUGGAAUCAUCAACUGUACAAAGCUCUGGAGCAUCAGUAUCAGAUGGGCUUAGAAGCACUUAAUGAAAAUCUGCCAGAAAUAAAUAUAGACUUAACUUACAAACAGGGACGGUUACAAUUCAGGCCUCCUUUUGAAGAAAUUCGAGCUAAAUAUUACAGAGAAAUGAAGAGAUUCAUCGGCAUUCCAAAUCAGUUUAAGGGAGUGGGUGAGGCAGGAGAUGAAUCUAUUUUUUCUAUUAUGAUUGAUAGAAAUGCAAGUGGAUUUCUGACUAUUUUCAGCAAAGCAGAAGAUUUAUUUAGAAGAUUGUCAGCUGUUUUACACCAACAUAAGGAAUGGAUUGUAAUUGGGCAAGUUGAUAUGGAAGCCCUGGUGGAAAAGCACCUUUUUACUGUACAUGAUUGGGAGAAAAAUUUCAAAGCACUGAAAAUAAAAGGGAAAGAAGUAGAACGACUUCCAAGUGCUGUCAAGGUGGAUUGUUUAAAUAUUAAUUGCAGCCCUGUGAAGACUGUGAUUGAUGAUCUCAUCCAGAAGUUAUUUGAUAUGCUUGUUCUUUCUUUGAAGAAAUCCAUCCAGGCUCAUUUACAUGAAAUCAAUACAUUUGUUACUGAGGCUAUGGAAGUCUUAACAAUUAUGCCCCAGUCUGUGGAAGAAAUAGGUGAUGUAAAUUUACAAUAUAGUAAGCUACAAGAGCAGAAGCCAGAGAUUUUGCCCUUAUUUCAAGAAGCUGAAGAUAAAAACAGACUUUUACGAACUGUGGCAGGUGGAGGUUUAGAAACAAUUAGUAAUCUGAAAGCUAAGUGGGAUAAAUUUGAGUUGAUGAUGGAAAGUCACCAACUUAUGAUUAAAGAUCAGAUUGAAGUGAUGAAAGGAAAUGUGAAAUCACGUCUUCAGAUCUAUUAUCAAGAACUGGAAAAAUUUAAAGCUCGUUGGGACCAACUAAAGCCUGGCGAUGAUGUUAUUGAAGCUGGCCAACAUAAUACUCUUGAUAAAAGUGCGAAGUCAAUAAAAGAGAAAAAAAUUGAGUUCGAUGAUCUUGAAGUCAUAAGAAAAAAGCUGGUUGAUGAUUGCCAUCAUUUUGGACUAGAAGAGCCUAAUUUCUCUCUGGCACAUAGUAUCUCUAAAGACAUUGAGAGCUGUGCACAAAUUUGGGCCCUUUAUGAAGAGUUUCAGCAAGGAUUUCAGGAAAUGGCCAAUGAAGAUUGGAUUACUUUUCGGACUAAGACAUAUCUGUUUGAGGAAUUUUUGAUGAAUUGGCAUGACAGAUUAAGGAAGAUUGAAGAACAUUCUGUAAUGACAGUGAAAUUACAAUCAGAAGUUGACAAAUAUAAA